CUUGUGGACAUCGCCGCUUCGAUACACUCAACGCGCUGCUUGAGAUCGCGACCUGCAACAACUUGACACAAAUCAAACCUACCAUUCACGCCAUACCAAGAUGCCUCUCGUCGUACCAGGAUUGAUGUCAAAGGAUGGCGAUAAGUCUUCCGACUGGAUGAACAAGCUUAUGGGCAAGAAGCUCGGCGAUGCUUCCAACGAGACCACCUUUGCAAAGACAGACCUACCAAAGGAGCACCGGGUGGUAAAGGAAGGUGAUAUGAUGUCGAUGGACCACAAGCCUGAAAGAAUGAAUAUACACACCUCGGAAGAUGGCACUGUUACGAAAAUCACGCAUGGUUGAGCUUGGAGUCGCGUUAAAUGAUAUGCAUCGACGGACGGGUGCCAAUCUUUUACCUGUCUGCAAUAUCCUCGCCUAUAUAGUAGAUGUUACAGAUUCGGUAGUUUUUGAGUUCAGUGACACUCCACGAUAGCUUGUCAGCGACGCCAUCGCCUUGUGUUCAGGAAUCUUGAUAUAGAAGUCCGUAAGCUACAGAGCUUAAUACCG